UCUAUCAUAUUAAUUUCACUCUUAAAAUUACCAUACAUAAUGGACGUGGUGUAUGCAGAGAUAGAGAUCACCUCUUCACUUUCAGCUCCUAAAGUUUUCAAAGUCUACACUGACUUUGACAUCAUUGCCCCAAAGAUUAAUCCCGAAUCUUACAAAACCAUCACCGUUAUCAAAGGUGAUGGUGGAGUUGGAAGCAUCAAGAGCAUGACAUACAGUGAUGGAACAAGUUCAAAGCACACAAUCGAUGACAUUGACGCAAGCAACUUUAUACUAAGUUGGACGUUCUUUGAAGGUGACGCCUUGAUGGGGAUAAUAAACACAGCUACUCAUCAUAUGAAGUUCAUACCUUCUCCUAAUGGAGGAUCCGUAUUCAAACAAACAUUUGUAAUUAGGUAUAAAGGUGAUGCUAAGCAAAUGGAUGAUGUUAUUAAUAUUACUAAAGAAGCAAUCAAGAAUACUUUCAAGAAGAUGGAGUCUUAUGCUAUUGCCCAUCCUGAAGUUUACUAAUGCUUUCACCUAGAUAAUGGUGAUGUGUUCGACUCUCUGACAUCAUUGUACUCUAUUUUUGUUUCAUGUAAUAAUGAACAAUAAAAUAUAUUAAGUACGCAUAAUAAAUUUUCUAAUCCACAGACUAAUUUGUGUUGACAUGCUUUCUUAGAAUAAGUACAUAAAGUAGUUAUAACUCUUAAAAACAUCUAGAGACACACAAAAUCAGUAUAAAACAAUGACAAAAAAAGAAGUUAUAAGCAGCAUGACCACACUUUUAUGCAUUUCUAGUUGUUCACACUUUUGUGCCAUAACCUAAUUGUUAGAAUGGUUGCAAUCAAUUUUAGUUUAAUUGACUUUAUGAACGGUUUAACUGGCCUAGAGAAAAUGAAGAAGCGUGUUUUUAGUUUGAAAGUUGAAGUUCAGACGUCUUACUCAGGCUACAUCUUAAUUUGUUUUAAUCAUCAAUCCUAAUCAUUCUUCGUUGGUUACGGAGAGAGGACGAAUCGUCGGUUUUGGAAUUUAGAAACAAAGGGGACAAUUCGUUUUAACAGAAAUUUCAAACAAAGAGGACGAGUCGCCAGCCCCUUGGCUCUCCCAGAUGCGCGGAAACCCGACCUCCACCCGCCUGAAGGCACGACCGUGAAAUAAUCGGUAAAACUUCGCCUCCCAUCCAAGACGAAGCAGUGCCACCCGUAUUCGCCCUUCACCGGGAUGCCGCAAAAAAUAAUGAAGAGAAUGGGAGUCAAACCUGGGUCACAAUAAACACCAUGUCUUUUCUCAACCACUCCACCACUACCUCAUU